GGGGAAGGGGGCGGCUCCCCGGCAGCCCGGAGGAAGACCGUGUACGUGUGCGACCGGUUCGCAGAUCCCAGCUCUGUGGAGCCGCACGACGCCGGUGAAACGUUUCGGGGACGAAAAUGUCCAAAAUAAUCACCGUAAAGACUAAGCCGUACGCCGACCAGAAGCCGGGCACCAGCGGCCUGCGCAAGAGGGUUGCCGUCUUUCAGAAGAGCCAGAAGUACGCCGAGAACUUCAUCCAGAGCACCAUUUCCACCAUCGAGCCCCAGGACAGGCAGGGAGGCUCGCUGGUGGUGGGGGGAGACGGCAGGUUUUUCGCGAAAGAUGCGGUGCAGCUGAUCGUGCAGAUCGCGGCGGCCAAUGGGAUCGACCGUCUGGUGAUUGGCCAGAAUGGCAUCAUGUCGACGCCGGCAGUGUCCUGCUUGAUCCGGGAGAUCAAGGCCGUCGGGGGCAUUAUCCUGACGGCUAGUCACAACCCAGGAGGCCCCAACGGGGACUUUGGCAUCAAGUACAACAUCUCCAGUGGAGGUCCAGCACCAGAGGGCGUCACAGACAGAAUCUUCCAGAUAAGCAAGACCAUCGAGGAGUAUUUUAUCUGCCCGGACCUCAAGGUGGACCUGUCCACCAUCGGCAAGCAGACCUUUGACCUGGAAAACAGACCCAAGCCCUUCACAGUGGAGAUCGUGGACUCUGUGGACUCGUAUGCUAACAUGCUGAGGGACAUCUUUGAUUUCGCUGCCCUGAAGGAGCUGCUGUCUGGACCCUCUCACAUCAAGGUCCGGUUAGACGCCAUGCAUGGAGUGAUGGGGCCCUACGUUACGAAGAUCAUCUGUGAGGAACUUGGUGCUCCUGCCAACUCCGCAGUCAACUGUAUCCCCAAGGAAGACUUUGGGGGCCACCACCCCGACCCCAACCUGACCUACGCUGCUGACCUGGUGGAGGCCAUGCGGGGGGGCGAGUACGACUUUGGGGCCGCCUUCGACGGUGACGGCGAUCGGAACAUGGUCCUCGGGAAGCACGGCUUCUUUGUCAACCCCUCGGACUCGGUGGCUGUCAUCGGCGCCAACAUCACCAGCAUUCCAUACUUCCAGAAGACUGGCGUGAAGGGCUUCGCCCGCAGCAUGCCCACCAGCGGGGCUCUGGACAGUGUUGCUAAGGCAACCAAGGUCCAACUGUAUGAGACCCCAACAGGGUGGAAAUUCUUCGGUAACCUGAUGGAUGCCGGUAGGCUUUCCCUGUGUGGAGAGGAGAGCUUUGGUACAGGUUCUGACCACAUUCGAGAAAAAGAUGGGCUUUGGGCAGUGCUGGCAUGGCUGACGAUCCUUGCGACCCGGAAGCAGAGUGUAGAGGAGAUCAUGAAAGACCAUUGGCAGAAAUUUGGAAGGAACUUUUUCACCAGGUAUGAUUAUGAAGAAGUGGAUUCUGACGCUGCAAACAAGAUGAUCAAGGACCUGGAGAUGCUGAUCUUAGACGCAGCCUUCAUAGGUCAGAAGCACACGGCAGGAGACAAGACUUACGAGGUGGAAAAAGCUGACAAUUUUGAGUACAGUGAUCCAGUGGAUGGAAGCAUCUCCAAGAACCAGGGACUGAGGAUCCUUUUCACUGAUGGCUCACGCAUCAUCUUCCGACUGAGCGGCACAGGCAGCGCCGGGGCAACUAUCAGGCUCUACAUAGACAGCUACGAAAAGGACCCACAGAAGAUAUACCAGGACCCACAGGUCAUGCUGGCUCCCCUGGUCGGCAUCGCCCUGAAGAUCUCACAGCUCCAGGAGAAGACGGGUCGCGAUGCCCCCACUGUGAUCACAUGAUCCCCUCCCCCCGACCUUCAGGAUGUGGCCAAACCUCCAUCUCCGCAUCCCACAUCCCCUCGUCUUUGUCUACCGUUUGCCAAAGCGCCGCACUGCAUUAUCUGUCUGGGGAAAAGAAAACAAACACGAGAAUAAAAUGGGAUCUUCAAAAUGA